AUGGCGCCUACUGGCGCUCACCCGGAAGUAAAACGCGUCACGGUGAUGACCCUUGCCUGGAACACGCGAACGCCUCUCGCCACCAUCUUUGCUAAUGGCUGGAAGGCUGGCGGUGCCUCCCUUCCCCUCCUCCCUCGGCGGGAAGCGGCCGGCCGCGGGCAACGCCACGCCGCUGCCAUCUUUACUGUGGGCAGCCACACAAGUUCCUGUCGCUCGCCGCUCUCCAUGGCAGCCGCGGUGGGGGAGGAAGGCGGGGCCGCGCUCCCGUCAGCCUCCCCUUGUGCGGAGAGAGAGUCCCCGGCCGGCACCACGGCCCCGCACCGGCGCCCUCCCUCGGCCCGCAUCACCUUAUCAGCGCAGGACGCCCCGGAGGCCUCCCGGCGACGGGGUGGCGCGGGGCUGGAGCGCAGCUGGGAGCGGUGGGAAGCAACUGGGAUUCCCCUUCCCGCCUGCGUUCGCGUGAGGAGACCCGCGGGAAGCUCCUCAGGGCUGUGGCCUCCGCAGCGUUGCAGCGGCUGGACCAAGAAUGCUUUCCAUGGUGUCCAGCAUCGACUGACGCAGCUGGAACCCUGGAACAGUAUUGAUGGAUGCACAAGCUUUAAGCUACUAUGAAAAUUUGGGAUGUGAGGGGGACCCACUCUUGGGCCUGGUCUUAUCACAGAAUUACAGAACUCAGUUCUUGUAAAGGGAACAAACUGUCUCUUAAUCUAUGACUUAUGCCACAGAUGGUAAGGCAGGGGGGCACAAGUCGUGUAGCUUAAGUGUUUGAGGAUUUGGACUCAUCUCUGGGUAGCUCUUCCAAGUGCAGUGAAGCUGUGACACAAGACGAAAGGACAAAAUAUUCUCUCUUUACUUGGGAAAAAAAAGGAAGCUGUGUGAACUCAGUUGUACAAUGUACAGCUUAUCCAACCAUUUGGAAAACUAUAUUGUUUAAAUAUGUUUUAUUUAUACAUUUGUCACAUAUAACAUAGAUGAAAAGACAAAACGAAUAGAAGACAAAUGACAGCUUUAUUCUGAGAAACUUGUGAAAGCACAAGGAAAGGAUAGAUUGGAAAACUGAUCAGACUUGGUUUUUUUAAAUACAGUCUGUGUUUAAGGCCCUCUUUACUUAGAAAUAUUUGGAUUUAGAAAUCUACAACUGAAGUGUACAAUGUAUCAGUACUGUAGUAAAAUUCUAAAAAUAUUGGGUUUUAAAUACCUGCAGAGUAGAGUUAGACUAUGGGUUCAAGCAGAUGAAAAAAGCAAAUGAAUGAAAACAAGAUGAAACUUUUAACAUGCUUGAUUUAUUGCUCAGAAGUAUUUUGAACUUGGCAACAGCAUUUUUUAUUACUUGUAUUUGCUUUUGUAUAAGUACAAGCACAUCUGAACAUAUCAGGGAUUAUCCCCAUGCAUAAAUGACAGUAGAAUCAGAACUCGACUUUGUGAAAUGGCUACAUAGGGAAUGGCUGCCACGGACAUGGUGGAUUCAUUACAGAGUUCAUUGUAAUGAUCCCCAUAUUACACAGCUCAAAACCAAAAACCUAGCCUAGCAGAGCAAUGAGGUUAAGAAGUUGUAGACCUGCUCAAAGUAAAUGCUUUUCUGUUAUCUUUUAAAAGCAUAUAUUUUUAUAUUUUCGACUAGAAAAAUAUUCGAAGCUGCAAUAGAUGUAAGAAACAUUCCUGACACUUAAAAAAUAAUUUUUCUACUAAUAUCAGUUGAAGACAGAAGUAUUUAUAACUUUAUAUAAAUGAAAUGUAUACCAAGGAGUCUUAAAGUAGUUAGUGGAUUGCAAUUGUUUUAUUAUGACAAAUAAAUUCACUUGGACUUUUUAUAUAAUGUUGUGCAAAGGAAGUGUUUUGACUUGCACUAACAUACUUCUGUCUGAAAAUAUGUUUUAUAAUCUCAGUUUACAAAAAAAUAAGAUUUUGAAUAAUCACUUUCCCACUGUUUCUGCAGUUUAUUGAUACACCAACGGGAGAGGUACGAACAGCUAAAACAGCUGGCAAGAUGACAUCCAAAGACACAGUAAAUAGAUACAGAAGCAAAUAUAAUCCAUUCAGAAACAAUUAGACUGAAAUGGUUCCACUGAAAAUUAGUGGCAAUUUCUUUCACGUAGAUCUAUAAAUCUUUGUUUAAAUGCAUAAAUGUGUACAGGGCACAAGAAAAAGUUUUCAGCUGAUGAAAACUGAGGAAUAUUGGUUUUUUGUUUAAUCAGGGCUGCUGUGAAGCUGUUUUGUGAAGUAUACUACUACUUUUUAAUUAGAAUUGGAUGUGCUAAUUUUUGCUAACAUAAGAGUUGUAUUUAAAUGCUAUGUUCCCAUUUUAAUAUAUCUUAAAGUUUCUCUUCAAUAAAUUGUUAAUAAUCUUA